AUACUACUGUUUUUCUAUGGUCUAUUCCACCAAAACAUGUGAGCCAGUAAUGACAACUGAGAUUACAAUGAGUAGAUUGUUCCUAAAUAUAGUUUAAUAUAUUAAUGAACUUCAAAGUUUACCUGAAAUGUCAAGUUCAUCUUGUGACAGACCUCCCUAUUGUGAGGAGAUUUAUUGAGGAGAGGGUAUUUUAUAUUAAGCAGAUGAUUCACUGCUUACUUCUGACAUUUACCGGUAUGUUUGGUAACAUGAACUAUAGUAGCGGAUUGGCUGUUUUUGAGCAAGCAGAAACCUCUCACAGUUUUGUGGUGGGAUUUCUAUUGAAAAUGGACGUGUGUAAUAUGCAUUUCUCGGAAUUAGAUUUAUACAACGCAGUUCUUCAUAAUUCGUCGGCCAGACGUAAAUACUAAAUAGAUUUUUGUGGAGACCAGACCGCAUCCUAACUUAAUUUCCCCAAUAACAACCAGUGGAGGAACGGAAGCAAGACAUCGCGCGCUCACGGUCUCGCUGCCUGUGAAUUGUGAGCGCGCUCACGAGAACGCGUCUCAGGACCGCUCCGUGACGUUCAAUCAUUUAACGCUCAUAAACAAAACGGACGGUAAUCUUUCUGGAUACAAGAACAGAAGGUAUUCAUCCGCCUCAAUGUCAAAUGACAGAGAGAAUAAUAGCGGUUUGGGGUGAUGAGGACAAAUAAGAGGCUGCAUACGUCGGAAUGACACAGGGUUUCCUUACAACAACCCCAUUUGUGCUGCUCUUCCUGUUGGGAUUUGCGAUGGCUGGUAUCAACCUCUGGCCAUCAAUGCACAUUGCCUUGAGCAAUGCCAGUGUGUUUGUGGAUUACAACACCGAAAGCAACUUCACCAACCACAGACUGACAGUGUCAUUGAUUGACAUUGACAUGAAUGUUACAGUGCUCUCCAGGUCGAUUCUCUUUAACCAAUCAGAAGGGUCACUGGAGUUUAACUGCUCCUGCUUCCUGUAUGCAGGUAAUUUCAGAUUCAGACUGGAGCAGAAGCACAACCUUGACGUGUCUAACAGAAGUGCCAUCUGGUGGUGGAGUCCUCUUCUGCAUGUGCACUGGCCCACCUUUCAUCUGGCUGUGGAUCGUGGCAGCAACAACCAGAGUUCUAAUGGCAUUAGGAUAGGUGUGUACACUAAUGACCACUUCCAUUCUUGUUCUAGCAGCAAAACUUCAACUCUCCACCUCGACGUCAGCUACCUUGAACAAGACCAGAUUAGGGGGAACGCCAUUGAGAAGGUGCAGAACCGGACAAGACACGAUAUCAAAGUAGUUAGGUCACAACAUGUGGAGAUGCCAUGUGCGUCCUCUCUGACAGAGCGUGGCUUCAUCAAGAUCUCCAUAAAAUCCCCUGUCACUCAGCAAGACAUUAAAUCCUCUGGUCCUCUUUACUUGUCCAAGAUGUUCGCCUACAAGCUUCAUGUGGAUAACAUUUACAAAAGUGGAUGUGAGGGAGCAGUGUCUGUUCGUCUAAUCGCUCCUCCCUGUACAGUUACAAUUGGAAAAGUUCUGCUUUAUAAAGAAGAGAGUAACAACAAGGCCAUGUCUUCACACAUGGCUUUCAACUUCCUCACGCAAGGGGAGAAUGAGACUGAGUUUAACUGCUCCUUCUUUGAACCCGGCAGAAAUAAGUACUGCUUCAAUUUCACACUCGUCUACAGUCAGGCUCCCAGUUUAGCACAAACUUGUGUGAUUGUGCAAAGACAUACAAAAAUGUGGGGACCGUGGCAGCCAUGGAGUGGUUGUAGUGUGACAUGUGGUGAAGGGGUGCGAGAGCGUGUCCGUGAAUGUCUGCUGCCCUCUAGUGGUGGGAUGCUAUGCCCUGGCAUGGUUAAGAAGCAGUCUCACUGUUCAUUAGAAGACUGCACUGAGGAGCUUCCCUCUCCACCCCUCACUCCACCGCCAGCUGCAAGCACACCCCUAGCUGGGAAUCUAGUGGUAGUGGCUGGGAUUUCCCUGUGCCUGGCUGUGAUUCUGGCCACCAUCUUUAUCACAGUGUGGAGAAAACUCUGCCGUGCUCCAAAGUGCAGCUCCAUGCGCCGUGGCUCUCUGCACUCUCCCAGUGGCCGAAAGAACUCUGAUGAAGCUUCUAUCUGUGGUCACAGCAUGCAGAGACCCAGUUUCUCCGAAAGUCUCCAGGCAGCUCCUCUACAGAAGGGAUUUACCUUGCCUGCAAAGCAGGCACCUUCGAACCAAGGUGUGUUGGCUUGUCAACAGAGCAUGUCCCUUCCUCUUCCCUUUUCUCAAGAUCCAGAGAGAAUGUCUCCUUCUGGCCAAAAGAUCCUUCCCCCUAUUUUUGGCUACCGCUUGGCUCAACAGCAGCUCAAGGAAAUGAAGAAGAAAGGCUUAAGAGAGGCCACUAAAGUCUACCAUGUGUCCCAGAGUCCAGUCGAUGACACCCUGCUAGAGGCAACGGCUUCAACCCCUGCCGGUCUAACUCCCGCACCCCAAGAACUUGACAGCCCGGAAGAGUCAAGCAGCAGCCACUUCCGCAUAAAGUCUCCCUUUCCAGAACCCAUGUGGUCUCCCAAAAACAAUGCUUUAUCGGAUAGACAAAAGGUGGACUUGUUGCUGGGUCCACCGAAGUCUGCGUUCAGUGCCAACAUCCGUCGUCUCGAGCGCACAGCAGACUGGGUGGAGAUGGUAGAGCGUAGUAGAGUGCCCUUCUCCAAGAAUCCCAAUUUCAGAAGAUCCUCAAGUUUCCACGAGAACAACCCGCAGCAGUUUCCCCUGUCCCGACCCUACCGAGAAAGAAGCAUGACCCAGGUGACUCCUCGCCAAAUACCAGAGGGGAGCUGUAGAAGCAGAGCCUGGGAGCAUACGCUUCCUGAACUUGAGGUCUGGUCUUGCUCCAGUCCUAGAAUGAUUGAUAGCUCAGUGGACCACAGGAGAAGACCAUGGGUUGAAACUCCUCCAUCUCAAUCAAACUCGAAAGAUUCAGUUCCGGUGACACCAACAAAAGAGCCCUUGGUGGAUCGUCAUAAUGUGGCCAGGAGCCCAUCUUCCCCACUGGAUCGAGCUGAACGGGCAGAACAGAACUGGAGCAGAAGAGGUCCCUCGCCUAUCCAGAGGAACAUACUAGCCAGGAAGCUACGAGAAGCUAAUUCAUCUACCUGCCAAAGGCAACGCAGUUCCACAUUCUCUACCUCAGACCAGCGCAGGGGUCGCUGUCGCAGCCUUCCUCUCUCUGCGGACUACAGCAACUCCCCAUAUAGUCUAACAGAAUCAGAGCAGCACAUGAUGGACAUUUCUGGAUACUUGGGUGAGGAUGAUGGAGUAGAAGUUGUGACCAUUCAUAAACUUCAUAACAAUUCAUAAACCAUCGUGCAUUUCUGGGAGGUUCUGACACUCUCCUGAAGCAAACUCAAACUUCUCAAAAAAAAGCUUUAUUGGAAUGAAGCAGGUUAUUUUGCUUCAUGUGGACUUUAUAUCCUUGUACUUCAAGUGCAUUUAAUAUGAUCAUUUUUGAAAUCAUCCAUACCACAAGAAUGACAACCUUUGGAUUUGUUUGUACACUGGAAAAUGUGAAUUCUCAGGUUUUUGCAUGACAUAUGAAAAUAUACGUACAGUAAAUGUAAUGAAUUUAUUUUCAGAAUGUUUCUUUUUACUGUUGACCAUGUUAAA